AUGGCUAAGUUCACAACUUUCUCCUUCAUCACUGCUCUCCUCCUCCUCUCCUCUACGCUAACAUACGCAUCAGCCAGGCCUACUCAAACCUCCGUUUAUCCUGGAGAAAUCUCCUUUGAGAAAGUAGAACAAGGAGAUGAAAACUGCGAAGGUGUUGGAGAAGAAGAAUGCUUCUUGAUACGAAGAACUUUGGUUGCUCAUACUGAUUACAUCUACACCCAAAACCACAACCCCUAAAUGACUUUGUAACUUGUAGUAAUUCAUUGCAAUAUUUUGGUAAAUGAUAUAAUAUGUAUUGUGUCGUUGUACUUUCUUUAUUA